AUGGUGAGGAUUAGAGGAGGAUCCGUGAGUGCCGGACGCACCUUCAAGCUUCAUGAUGAGGAGGAUGAAGAUGUUCAAAUUAUCGAACCUUCCAUCAAAUCUCCCAAAAAGAAAACUGAAAAUCGUAAUGAAAAAACAAAGCAAUCUGCAAGGAAAAAGCAGAAUGCGCAAACCAGAAAACCAUCUGUUGAACCAUCCGAUGAGCAGAUAGAGGAGCAUCAAUUUGAAGGGCAUCCAGUAAGUGGUAAUGAAGAGGAACUGGAGCAGCCUACUAAUGCAGAUGUAACCACCAUGAAAUCACUCAAGAAAGAAAAAAAAACUGCCAAAAGAAAGAGUAUUGCUCAACCCAAGAGAAGGCAAACUACUGAUCCUUCUGGGAAACAUGGCAAAAGAAAGCGUCCAGAACAUGAACAACCAGAGACCCAAACUGCUAUUGAAGCUACUCCCCUGCCCAAGUUCAUCAAUAAUGAAGCCAGAGAGAGAAGGUCAACCUCUAUGUAUACUUCAUCCAACCUUGAGGUCAUCUCUCUGCUUGAUGACCUCAAACAAUAUAUCCUGCUUCUUGAAGAUGGUUUGAUGAUGACCAUGACUUCGGAACAACAAGCCACUUUCGUUGCCAAAAAAAAUCUGCUUGUACCUCUCAUUCCUCCAGAAAAUGAAAAUACACACCGAAAGGAAUCUAGAACUGAGUCAACCACUGAGACUACCCCAAAGUACCGUGCCUCCAAUUCUCAACCACAUGACAAGGAAAAAACUCCAGCAACUGAAGAAGAGACUGAAGAGGAUGAUGAUGAUGAGGAUGAGGACAGUGAGGAAGAAGACUCUACCCAGUUUCGCCUAGUUAGAAAAAGAUCUGGAUCCUCUAAGAUCACCAUAUAG